GAUCUAUUUCAAACAGGAAGCUGUUUACAGAUAACACUUGCAACUGUUUUGUCUGAUUUGUUGAACUGUCGAAAAGCAAAAGACAACCUCUUUUCAAAUUAAAAACUGUCAGACUUCUGUAAACAGCAGCAAUGAGGUUCAUCUGUGCAGUUUCCCUGCAGGCACAGAGCAUUGUGCAGCUCCCAUUCUCUAAGCAGCCAUAAGGAGUCAGUGACCUGUAAGUGCUCAUUAUGAAGAGAGAUCUGGUUUUCUUGGUGACUCUAAUUAGCCUUGCCUUCCUGUCACUGCUAAGAUCUGGAUAUCCUCAACACAUUGCAGAGGAGUCCUGCUCUGUUCAGAUUCUUGUUCCAGGCCUCAAAGGGGAGGCAGGAGAAAAGGGGGAGAAAGGUGCUCCAGGUCGUCCAGGCAGAGUUGGACCUCCAGGAGAAAAAGGAGAAAUGGGUGACAAAGGACAGAAAGGCAGCAUAGGACGGCAUGGAAAAAUUGGUCCUAUUGGUUCAAAAGGUGAAAAAGGAGAUAAUGGUGACAUAGGACCACCAGGUCCUAAUGGUGACCCAGGCAUCCCUUGUGAGUGCAGUCAGCUAAGGAAGGCUAUUGGUGAAAUGGACAUUCAAGUAGCACAGCUGACGACAGAACUAAAAUUCAUAAAAAAUGCACUGCCCUCCCCCGCAGCUGUCGCCGGCGUGCGUGAGACAGACAAUAAGAUCUAUCUGCUGGUCAAGGAGGAGAAGAGGUACAAGGAAGCCCAGCUGUACUGCCACGGGAGAGGAGGGACGCUGAGCAUGCCCAAGGAUGAGACUGCCAACAACCUGAUUGCCUCCUACAUCAACCAAGCUGGGCUCACCAGGGUCUUCAUUGGGAUUAACGACCUGGAGAAAGAGGGGAAUUUCGUCUACUCCGACCGGUCUCCCAUGCAGACCUUCAACAAAUGGCGCAGCGGGGAGCCCAACAACGCCUACGACGAGGAGGACUGUGUGGAGAUGGUGGCGUCCGGGGGCUGGAACGAUGUGGCCUGCCACAUUACCAUGUAUUUUGUGUGCGAAUUUGACAAAGAAAAUGUCUAAGCUGCUCUGCCCUUUCUUUGUUCUAAGACAAAUGUUUAAGGCGAUUGUAUGAGUUACUCCACGUCUUAUAGAGUACAAGUGGAAUUUUGCAAGUACGCGGCAUCAGAGUUGUACAGCUGUAAAUACAGUUUAGGUGUUUUGAAUAUCAGAAUUUACCCUUCAGAAGGGAAGAGCAGUAAUAAGGCAUAGCUUGGUUGGCUUUUUUUUAAUGUAGGAAAGUAAGUUUAUUUAGAUAAAAAUAUGCUUUUGGGCUACAUUUUGCCCUUACAACAGUUAACAAAUGUGAUUACAUGAACGACUGUAAAGGAAGGCAGAAUUUGGCCUCUAGUUGUAAGAAUGGUUAGAAUUAGAUUCCUGAUAUUCUUUUAUCUUAGUAAAAUUUGUAGUUAUAAAUACUAAUUACUGGCAGUGCUACAGGGAUAUUUUGGCAACAAGACAAAUAUUUUGUAUACUCCAAUUAAUAAAUACAAAUAUUGCUGUAGGUGUUUUGAAUGUU